GCUGCUGUGCCACCCCGCUGCCCAUGUUGGCGUUUAGAAGCUACGCGAGGUUUGCAGAAAUAACCCUGAUACGUGCUCUGCUGAGUGAGGCAGAAGUGAAUCCCAAAGCUUACCCGCUGGCUGAUGCACAGCUCACUAAAACACUGCUGGAUCUUGUGCAGCAAUCCUGCAACUAUAAGCAGCUACGCAAGGGAGCCAAUGAAGCCACCAAAACACUGAACAGAGGGAUAGCAGAGUUCAUUGUGAUGGCAGCAGAUGCAGAGCCCUUGGAGAUCAUCCUGCACCUCCCUCUUCUCUGUGAGGACAAGAACGUACCUUACGUGUUUGUGCGCUCCAAGCAAGCCCUGGGCCGGGCCUGCGGUGUUUCCCGGCCUGUCAUCGCCUGCUCCAUCACCAUCAAGGAGGGAUCACAGCUAAAGCCUCAGAUCCAGUCUGUACAGCAAGCUAUAGAAAGACUUUUGGUCUAAGUGCCCAUGGGUGUGUGUGUGUGUGAAAUAGGAAAGUGCAAAUUAGGGGAAAUUAAUGUUUAGCUUCAGUUGAGAUGAUAGUUUUGAUAUCAGUGUUUCAUUUCAAAAUGCCACAUUUUUGUUUAAUAAUGGCUUAAUUCUUAGUGUUUCUGCCUCCUUUUCCCCCACUUUUCUAUUAUUCCACUCCAACAUACUCAUUCUCAUUGUAUUACUUCUUGAAAAAUGACUGUGCAACUGUGUUUCCUGUUUUAUGUUUAAAAGAAAAAAAAGUUCCCCCUUUGUCUUCCUGUCUGCCUGCUCAGGGUUUUCUUAACCCACCUGUCAGCUUUCUCUGCUGCAGCAUUUCUGCUAAGUUUCAGCAGGUGUGAGUAACUGAGUUUCUGAACGGUUUAGGCUUUUGAGGAAAAGGUUCCCUGUGUUCAGGCUGCUGGAGUCACUAAGUGAUGGAGCAGCACAGGCAGGUAUAAGGCAGGCAGCAGCCAUCGUGUAGCAGCAGAUGGAGCCAAAAUCAGCGCACACAGCACAGCCGUUGUUCUUGAAACCAGACAAGAGACUUCUGUAAGAGAUGCACGGGGAGCAGAAAUUUUAUGGCAGUACACAAGGGGAACUCUCUUAACUUGAUUAUUUUUAAAUACUGACUUUUUAAGAAAAAAUAAAAACGCUGCAAAGCUAAAUAGAAUUGUCAUUCCCUUGGUGAAGUAUUUGCAACUAACUGGAGUGUUUCUGCUUGUAAAGCUAAAUUGCUCACAGGUUGCCUAAAGGCUAUUGCAGUGCAGUAAUUUGUACUCCUUCAGUUUUCUUUGCAUGGACUGUUACCACAGAGGUUGGGCUUCCUAGGAAGUACAAAAGACAUGGCAGAGAGCAGCCUGUUGUGGCUGACAACUACCCUACUCUGGCUGUUAAUAUAAAAAGUGCCAUGCUUUUUAGCUGCUGCGCUCUAGUCACUUGACUGAAGAUGAACCCUUUUAAGUCAUGGCCAAGGAAACAGAGUACAAGUCAUUUUUCAGAUAAAUUAAUAUGUCUCAAGAAAAGAAUGCUGUUAAUCAUCUCAUGUCCUGGAAAAGCAGCAUGGAGCACCAACAGCAGUCUGGAUUAGUGGUGGUUUUAUGGACCUAGUUUUAGUUAAAUGCAUAUUGUAUAAAAAAAUCCACUUCUGCUCUGAUCAGAAAAGUUUAAACCUUUGUGUUGGAAUAUCAAACCUGUUUCCUAUUGCAGGAUGCCAAAGCCAAAUAGUGUGGAAACUCCGUUAGAUGCAAUAGCAGAAGGGAAAAUAAAUUUUCCUGUAAUGUUUCCACAGAGGCACUAACUUCAUACCUUUACUAAGUACAUCCCAAGCAGAGGAAGUCAGCUCAUGAAAGACUGAUGACAUCAUGUUUGUAUAUUUUUGUAAAUGGCUGAUACCAGUAAUCCUUGCUGAGGUGAACUUGAUACAAAUACUUCAGAAUCCUUUUAUUUGUAUGAGGUUUAGAAGGGCUCAGGCACCCUUCUACUGAUGCUGACUGUUGAGGUAGUUGUGCUUAGAACUACAGCUUUGCCAAGUUGUACCAAGACAGUUAAUGUAAGAAAAAGCACACAAGGAGCAGAAAUAAAGGAUACUUGAGCAAGCAAAA